AUGGCUUCAUUGAUUAGGGAAGAUCCUCACAUAUCUGAUACAGUUAAUAAUAUGGGCCUGUACCACGCAUUAAGGGACCGGGUGAAUAGUUUAGGAUAUUCACCGGAUGCACAACUGAUGCCCUACUUAGAGAUAACUGGAUUUGGGUCAGCAGCAUUGACCCGGACAUUCGAUUUGCAGUACAAUUUAAUAUCCGCAUUGGUCGAGCGAUGGCGCCCAGAGACUCACACUUUUCAUUUGCCGUGUGGGGAGUACACUGUCACUCUGGAGGAUGUUACAUUGCACUUUGGGCUCCCAAUUGACGGGAGUGUCGUAACGGGCGUAAGUGCGAUAGCUGAGUCGGAUGCACUUUGUUAUAGCCUACUAGGAGCCUCGCCCGGCGAUGAUGAGUCUAAUUUUUCGGAUUUGAAAUUUACAUGGUUGAAAGCCAAAUUUGAACAUUUAUCAAUUAAUGCCACUGAAGAAGAGUUGAUAUGCGCAGCUCGAGCAUACAUUAUGCAUAUUAUAGAGGGUGUGCUGAUGCCCAAUGCGAACAACAAAAGAGUUCAUCUCCAAUAUUUACCUCUAUUAGCUGAUUUGCGUAAUGUUAGCUUGUAUAGUUGGGGUUCCGCAGUUCUGGCUAUAUUGUAUCGUGAGCUUUGUCAGACGACAAAGCCUGAUACCAUAGAUAUAGGCAGAUGCCUUGUAUUGUUGCAGUCAUGGGCUCUUUAUCGGAUGUCAUUCUUGGCAUUGAUGGAGUAUUUAUCCAGGUAUCGGGAGGUCGUACACUGUCCCGAUAUAUCGUCUGAUGAUUGA